AUGGCGGUCGAAGGAGACAAACAUCAGAGACAGCCUGGCGAGGCGACGGCUUCCCACGAGCAAGAACGCGCUUCGAAACGGGCCAAAAACGGAUCGAAUUUACAGUCAGAUGACAAUCGACUGGAUGCGUUGCUCGAUCAAGUAUGGGCCCAUUAUCGGGCGUUUCUCGAAUCCGCAGCGGACCAAUAUGAUGAAGAAAUCGAACAUACAGAUGGCAAAAAUAUGGAAGGGGACUAUGAUGAAUUGGAAGAAAUAUUACAACUCUUACUGUCCCACAACGGUGCGAGCUACCAAACUCCCCAUCUCGGCACGGAUGCUCGGACUUCCUUGUCCACAUUGACCACACGUCGGUCGCUAUUGCCUGUACUAGUCAGUGUUGUUUCAAAUAUCCUGGCCGAUGCGGCUAUUGCAGAAUCCUUGCAAUCACUCAAUGAGGGCCGGGAUAGACUCAACUUGGAUGAGCACCUACCAACCAUUCAACGACACGUCACCAAUGCCUUGACGUAUUGUCCGUGGAACGCAGCGGCUUGGUCCAUGGCUGCCAACUGGGGGCGGCUCACGCAGCGACUUGUGUGGGUGGAAAAUCGUGGAGCCGAUGUGGCUCACUGGUAUCACUACGCGGCUACGUGUGCCCACCACGUCCGACACGUAGCUCUGGAGCUACUCGACGAUGAUACCGUCGAUGUAGCGGUCAAGGAAUGGUUGGAAUCGCUCGUUUUGAACCAGAUGGUGGGAGUUGAAUUCAUGGUAGACGACGAAGAGUCAGACAUUGAGGAAAAGGACGACGAGCAAGUGGAAACAUCCUCCGAAUUGGAAUACUGGUCCGCUUCGUCAGUGGAAGGGACGGCGCGAUUUAUGGCAGCCAUGCAAUUGUCCGUCAUUGGACAACACGAUCUCGCGAAAUCACAUUUGCAGCAUUUUCCUGUCACUCAUCGGCUGCAUCCACAUCUAUGGCGCUGGGGAGAAGAAGGAAACGGGACCGGUACUACCAACCAACAGAAUGAACGCAACGAAAUGGCAACCAAACUUCCGAAAGAAACGAUCAAAGACCCGGCGAUGUAUCGUCAACAAGCCAAAUUUUGUGGAUGCGCGCAAGGUGCACUUUUACCGCAGACUCUUUAUCAGCAGUUGUGUAGUGUCUUUGCCCCGGAAGCCGCCUAUUGGCAGGAAAGUGGGUACGCCCAUCGCGGUUACUAUUCGUACUUCAUGGACCGACCCUCUUCCCAACAGACACCACGUAAUGUGUUGGAAGACGUAGUAAUGAAUUACGUGUUGCCGGCCGUCGAGACUCAUCUAGGUGGACCCACGGCCGACGGCAUUUGCGGCUUUGAAUGGUGGAUCCACACCCGGCCCAUUCAGGCCAAUCUCGGGCACAAUCUACAUUUUGAUACCGACGAGGCCUUGUUGUCUCAGUCGCAACAAAUUACGCAUCCGAUCGCUUCGUGCGUACUGUACUUGACGGGUGGGGAGAAGGACGAAAAUGAUGAUAGUGGCGACGGCGGCGGUUCAACAAUUGUACUGGACCAAACUCCUGAGUCCACUGAGCUUGCACAAGUAGCCUGGAAAGCAGUUCCUCGUGACAAUCAAGUCCUUGUUUUCCCCGGGAACCUCUUGCACGGUGUACUCCCUUGUCCCGGGAAGCAACCAAACGUUGCUGUAACGGAAGACAAUCCGAAAAUGGAAACUACACCGGAUGUCAAUAGUCUAUGGAAAGCAGAACCCAAAAACGAGGGAAAAGACUUACCCAAUAAACAUCGGUUGACCUUGCUGAUCGGGUUUUGGACUCGACGUGUUCCCGACCAGAUGAAACAACAGCGACUGUACGGACCUUGUGGACCGUUGCCACCCGCUAGUGAGGAGCAUUCUUGGGUACGGGCCAUUACGAAAGGAUACGGCGGAAAAAGUAUAAAGAAAGACAGCCGUGGUGUAGAAAGAAAAGCAGCGAUACAAUUGGUGUCUACACCAAUAGCAAGGGUAUCACCAGUUUGGGAAAAAUUACAACCAGAGAUGAAAAAUGAUAGUCCUCCGUUACAAAUUCCAAAGGCGAUUGACCAUCGGUUCUUUGUGACGGGUGCACCACAAUGUUUUAGAGAUGCCCUAUUUGAAGGGGAUGAAUUUGAUGAAAUGGACCAGGUGGAUGUAGCGGAUGGGGACGCAUGA